UUCAAAAUACAUAAAUGAUGGGAGAGACUCCAGCCCCCCCGCAACCCUUUUGGAAAUAAGUGAUGUAGAAAAUUGAUGCUUUUAUCUAUCUUUAACUAUCUGAUUUGUUUUAGUCAAUGUUUAUGCUUCUAUGUCCUUUGCAGUCUUGCGGAGAAACCCGUUCAUGGCCGACAGCUGCUGUAGGAAAGGGUCUCGCAAUGCCCUUCAGGAAUUGUACAACCCCUUACAGUCUGACCUGUCAGGUACUGCCAUCCUCCACCAGGCGAGAAGGGAUCAGGUAGUGGAUGCCUGCAGGGUCUACAGUGCAUCAAGUCGAAAGCGACGUGUAUUGACUCCUGGAGACCUCAAACAUCUUGUGGUGGACGAAGACCAUGAGCUCAUUUACUGUUAUGUCCCAAAGGUAGCUUGUACCAAUUGGAAACGAGUUAUGAUGGUACUCACAGGUCAUGGCAAAUAUAGUGACCCUAUGGAAAUCCCUUCAAAUGAAGCCCAUAUUCCUUCAAACCUGAAGACACUGAAUCAAUACAGCAUUGCUGAGAUCAAUCACCGCCUUAAAAACUACCUCAAGUUCCUCUUUGUUCGUGAGCCCUUUGAGAGGCUGGUGUCUGCCUACCGCAAUAAAUUUACGCUCAAGUACAACUCAUCUUUUCACAAGCGUUUUGGUACCCGCAUUAUUAGGCGCUACCGCAAGAAUGCAACACAAGAUGCCCUUCUCAAUGGUGAUGAUGUCAAAUUCAAAGAAUUUGUUGAGUAUUUAGUGGACCCAGCCACGCAUCGUGAUGGCCCUCUCAACGAGCACUGGCAGACGGUCUACCAGCUUUGUCACCCUUGUCACAUUCAUUAUGACAUGGUAGGCAAGUAUGAGACUCUAGAGAACGAUGCAAACUAUGUGUUGCAACUAGUGGGUGUCACUGAUUCUCUGCGCUUCCCAAGCUAUGCUAAGUCUACUCGCACCACAGAUGCCAUGACUGCUCAGUUUUUCAGCAAUAUUAGUACUCAAGAGCAGAUCCAGCUUUUCCAGCUUUACAGGUUGGACUUUCUCAUGUUCAAUUAUUCCAUACCUAGCUACCUGCGGAUGGACUAAUGGACAACAUAGGAGAGGCUUAUAAACAAGGGCUACCUUGUUUAAAGUGAGGCUUCAAAUGACUUAAAGAGUUUUGGAAGCAAACUUGAUUUUAAAAAAUCUGAUUUGCUUGAUUUUUAUAUCAUCAUAUAUUCACUGCUGAUUGGUAAGCAGUGAUUAUCAAGCUAAUGUGUGCUUGACUGGGUAUUAGCUGAAGGAUGUUAAGAUAACAGACAUGGAUAGCCCAGAUAAGAUGGGAAUGUUGGCUAAAAGGACCAAAUGCAUGCAAAAACUGAAAUGUGUGGUUGAAGCUGGCCUUCAAGGGAAAAACAGGAGAUUAUCCUGAGAAAAAACAGGUCUUAAAUAAAACAAUUUGAAAACGUUCCUUAAGUGUUUAAACAAACUGCUGACAUAGCAGGCUGCUUUAGUUUAUGCAAACGGCAGCCUAGCACCCUGACUCCAAUAAAUAGUGGGAGCUAAGCUUAUCUCUCCUCCCCUUGAUCGAAACUCUGCCAACUUAUAAAACUACUCUUUUCUUUGCUUCACUCUCAGUGUGGUGAGUUGGAACCCACUAUGCUUGUCUGUGUUAGGUUAAUUUCUGAAUCUAUGGGUUAUCACUUCCCCAAGAAUGCCCUGUAAAAUUAUGUCUCCAGAUUUGACUCUUAAGUACUUUUUAACUAUAACUGCUGUUUAACAUUGCCAGCUGUUGCUUGGUUUAUUUCAGUGUUUUGAAGAAAAGCUUUCUUUGUUUCACCAUUAUGACUUACUGAACUCUGUUACUCCUGCUGCAGCAGAGAGUAUGGAAGUGCUUAGUAAAGCUAAACAUCAUUAACAAUUACAUAUACACAACAGCAAGUGCUGGUUAGAAAGAAUGGAUGUACACAACACUACAUAGAUGUAGUGAAGUAUAUAUGCUGCAACUGUUGAUUUAAAAGAAAAGAGGCAGCCUCUGGAUAACAUAGAUUUGCCCCAAUUAGGGACUGUAUGGACACAGCCAUGGCCACAUACACAAGGCCAAUGCACCAACAAAACCCAAUUUCUUUGACUUAAUUAUUAUACUUAUUUUUGAUCUGUCGUAUGCACUAUUGCUGCAAGCAGCAAUAGUAAAAUUUAUUUAAUGUUCUCUGUUGGUUGCCUGUUGAAAAAAAUAUUUAAUGUUUUUCUGAUAUCGAGAAGAGCACAGGAUAUUUGUAAAAAUUAAAUGUGACUGAGAGCUUUUGUCUUGCUGAGUUUUUCCAUAUUGACAUUAUCUCUCUGUGGUUUGUCAAAUACCUUUUUCUUAUCUAUUGAUGUCAAAUAUGUUAUAUGUGAUGCAAAAAUCCAAGAGCUCCAGGGAUAAAUUAUUAGAUUUUCAGGCUCAUAUGACAUUUUGCGUUUAGCAACAUCACCCAUUACACUGAUUUAUUGCAUUGUAUUAAAGGCGUUCAUACAGCCAACAAAAUUUCUAACACUCUGUCUGUAGAUGAUUCUAUGAAAUAGUUACUUUGCAGUUUUAAUGUUAGUUCCAAAGCCAGUGAUUGUCAAUUUUUUCAGGAAAUCAUCGCAUUUUUAAACUUACUAUAAAGGAAAAGUAGUCACAACAGGAUGGAUAAAAGUUACCUUAGAGGUAACGUUGCAUAUCUAUGGUGGAUGCCAUCUAUCCAGCCAUCCAUUAUCUAUACCCCUUAUUCCUAGUUGGUGCCUGGAGCUAACAUUGGGAGAGAGAUGGCCUUAUGGUGGAUGCUCCUUCAUAUAUUUCAGAAUGUAGCCCAGAAUUGAAAAAAAUACAGAAGUAUGAAGAAAGGGGAAUUCUGCAGCUUAUACUUAGUAGUUAGAAUGAUGAUUUGGAUGUAAUAAUAUCCUUGAAUCUGUUUUUCACAGUUGACUUACUGCAUCAUCAUGACAGUAGUAGCUAUCAAAGUAAAAAAACAAACAUCAGAGUAUCUGAAUAUUGAUGUUAUUCAAGUUUUGCUGCAGUAGCUUUUGCUUUGGUUAGUACCUUAAUAGAUUUUGGCACUUUUCAGAAAAAGUUAAUAAGUAUAAUAAAAAACAUGUUUUAGGUUUGCCAUAACUUAUAUUAUUAAAGUAGAACAAAUGUAGUGGAGUUAAGAAAAAACACUGACAUUUAAGAAUUCUAUUUGUUUUACUCCACACAACAUAAUUACUCUAUUCAAACCGAUGAUUCAAAGUGCUAUAAACUAGAGGUCACGCUAUUCCAUUCACUUUCAUAUGCAUUUUUUUAGUCUAUGCAGUCACAAGGGGAAUACAGAAAUCUGUAUAACUCACCUACUCGUGCAGUUUCCACUGACUUUUUGCCACAUUUCAGUGUGUUCUCCCAUGCCGAUGGUUUCUAUGUUUCUGUCUUUGUCUGCUUUUUUUUGGCAUUUUCUGGUGCCUCCCUUCAGUAUUAGGCAUUCUCACAGCUGUUUUGCAGAAACUGCCCUUUCUGGUUUGAAUAGUUGGGCAGAUUAGUUGUAUUUGUGAAAGCUAAUAUGGUGAUCCUGAUUCCAAGCUGGACAAUACAGUUUAAAAUUGAAAACAGUAAAGUUUUAAAGAUUCUGUUAGACACAGAGGUGGCAGCAACUUACUUAGGUUUUUAUUCAGAUAAAAGAAUGUAAUCAUCCAUUCAUGAGCACUAAGUGCUGUUUGAAAUAAUUUAAAAAAUCCUGUUAGUUGUUUUGUACUUAAAUGUUGCAGUCCUGCAAAUUAAAAACGCUACUCAUAUUUGGGUUAAUAUUGUCUUUCAAGCAAAAAAGUUAAAGUAAUUGGGGUUCAUGUUUUUUCACGGAGCUGGUGCUGCACACAGCAGCACCAGCAAAGGUAUUCCAGGUACUUCAGGUACUCCUCAGCAUGCAUGUUAUAGAGGAAUGAAUGUGAGUGCAUAUGUCUGUUUUUCAUUGGUUGGCCCUGUGUUGGACUGAUUAUCUGUCCAGGGUGUAAAACACACUUUGCCCAGUGAUGGCUUGAUUAGGCUCCUGCACCCCCUGUGACCCUUGUACUACUAAUAAAAAACUGGCAAAGGGAAAUGGAUGGAUGGAUGUUCUUUUAAUACCAUCCAAAGAACACCUAAGUGCUUUUUUUAUUUCGAUAUUAUUCUUUUUUUUUCUUUAAGAGCAUAUUGUGGAGGAUCACUCUACUGCAAACCUUCCCAAAAGCUCUAUGACAAGUUUACUUUGUUUUACAUGAAGAACAAGAGGAUAUUGUUUUUUUUAUUUAUUUCAAAAUCUGAGUGAUAGAGAUUGGAACUGCUGAACUAGCUUGUAGUCCAAGUCUAUUUUCUUAAUUUCACUUAGCUCCAUAAAUGGCCUCCUGCAUAAAAAAAAUGGAGUAAACAAACAUGGAAGAUCAAAAUAAAGGGUUGCCCUCAUAAAUCAACAGAAAAAGUAAAAUUGCCAUAGAGAAUCAAACAAGUACACAGAGGCUACUGCUGCCAGAAAAAGCAAGCAACCCACACAACAUUGCUUUUUUGUUUUGUAGUUCAUAAGGGUCGAUGCAACUCAACAGCUGCAUUUUUGUUGUUUUUCCAAUGAAGUCUGUUAUUAGACUGAUAAGGGAGAGAGGACGUCUUCUAAAAUGUAUGUUUUUCUCUCAAGGAGAGGAUUAUUUAAGGUGAGUUUAUACUAUAUUUUGUACAACUGUAUUUUGUAGUUGGUACACAGGUGAAUACUUUUUUAAAUAUUACCUUAAUGUUGGCAGUACUGAAAAAAUGUCAUCCAGAAAUGUGAAAAACCUAUUCUCAUUUAGUUCGACCCUAAAAGUUGUCAUCUACAAUUUGUUCUGUACAAACAUACAAUAAUUUACAGACUAGACCUAAUUAGUAAGAUGCCUGGCUUUGAUUUUUUUUAAAUGCAGUUUUGACUUAAUAUCUUAGGCUGAUUUGUUAAUUUGUUUUAUUUUUAUACCAGCUUAAUACUUAAUUAAAAUUUCAAAUUGAUUAAGUUGAUAAAGUAGUGAGUAAACCGACACAGCACAGUAGCAUGUGUUUGCUGACAGAUAUUGGAGUGCUACAUGCUACUGCGACUUAACACAUACAGACGUAAAAAUUAACAGAAGCCCUGUGUAACUAUCACUGCUUCUUAUCAACUAGUCAGGCAUGUUGGAUUUCGAGUGUGUGCUGGUGAGGUUCAUCUGUUUGUUAUAGUCGGAAUCUGACUCGUAAGGACAUCAAAACUGAUAUUUCUUCUGUGAAUUAAAUCAUUCCAACCAAAAAGAAAACUCACAUGGGACUUUAACAAUUAAAGGUAAUCCUGCUAUGAUAUAAAAAACAACAAAACUAUGCCUUACUACAAUAAAAAAACAUGUAAGUCUAAAAGGAUUUAUAUAUGUUUGUUUUGGUUCUUUUUUGUGCCGAAGACAAAUUAUUUUAAAAUGAAUUCAGUGUCUUUUUUCUUUUCCCGAUUGACAGCGGGAGUGCUGAUUCAGACUAUCUACUGAUAUCAGAGUUUUUACCCUACUUGUGCUGAAUGGUACAUGUGCUGUAUCUGCAAAUGGGAAUGGAUUGAUGGUGGUUGCAGAAUUUGUUGAGUGCUGUUUGUUAGUAUGUGUAUGUCUGUAAACACUCAAUACCAGCACAGCACAGAACAUAAAAAAGCUCUCUCUUUCGCAAAUAGUUUAUUUUUUCCCCCCAAAAUAUCCUAGUACAACUUUGAUUUAGCUUGUUCUUGACCUAUCAACUUGGCAGAAUAAUUCUCCUGUGCUUUGGGUCAGAAAAGUGAAGGUGCUAAAAUUACUGGCAACAUCCUGAAACAAAAAGUAUGCCCCUCGUCCAAAGAUAGAUUCCAAUUUAUCUAUCAUCAAAUCUCAACAAAUGUCAUCUGUAGGCACUUCAGAAUAAGCCUUGUCUGUGAUUGUGGCCUACUGUUGCUGUUUCUGUUAGAUUUAUACAAUGUGUAAUUGCAAUGUGCUGCAGCGGAUGGGCAGUACAAGUUGAAUUUCUUGGAAUAUACCAAGUCCCCUCAAAAAUGAAUUCUUGUUCUACGUUAAGAAUGAAGUUUUUUUUCUUGAAGAGUAUUUGAUAAGAAGGAAGGAAAGGUUUUUAAAAAAGAAAAGACACAAAUUCUAUCAUGUGCCAUUUAUGUAUUUAUUUAUUUAUUUAAUUUACCAAUCAUGCUGCCUCCUUGACCAUGGCAAAAAUCGAAAGGCUUUGCAUUCCAAAUUGACUCCUAAGACAAAAUUUUGCUGAUCUGUUUACCUUGUAAAUUUUCACUUGUGCAUACUAAAAACAUAAAUACUUGACUGUGUACUGUACAUUGGAUUUUGGGCUGGUAUGGAUCUUAUGUCAUUAUGAAUAGAAGUUCAUCCUGUCUGAAGUUUUUAUAAUAAAUAACAUUGAAAUUCCUGAAAUCGCUCACUAUUUAUUUAUGAGUUUGAUGUCAGUGAUACUGAUAAGCAAAACAUCCAUUACGUUUAAAAUCAGGAAUGUUCAUGUUAUUUCUUAUUGUCUACAUUUGCUAAAUUAUUAUUCCCAUUUAGUGUACCCUGCCUAUUGCCCUAAUGGAAGCUUGUAGUCUCAAGCCCCUGUGUGUCAUGGUUGUAGGAAGCCUCCUAACCCACAUGCAAAAAAGCACACUCAGAACCUGAGUCGUUGCACAAAGAGAUUCAUUUGAAGGGGGGGAGUCAGAGCAGUCAGUCAGAGCUGCAGAUACAGCAGGUAUCAAAGCAGGCCCAGAAGAGUGGCUUGAGGGGGCUGGGUGGAGCCAGGUUUGGAGGUUGAGGCAGAUGGAGUGCGGACAUAAGCAAGGAUGAAAAAUUUCAGGUGGCAGCUGCAGGUCCAGAUGCUGAACAGUCUGCUGGAGGGAUGUGGUUGAUGUGGACGUUUCAAAGGCGGUGAGUUAAAUCUCACAGUACAACCAGACACAGCGUUAACAGUAAUACAAACAAGACACAGACUGUGUCUUAAGGAUCCCAAACUGGCUUGAGUUCUACCCUAAAUAGUUAGAGCAUCAGACAAUGAAUGAUUGUCCCACAGCUCCUUAAAUCACCAGAACCCAAAUUACAUGAUUGUUUCCAUAUGAGUUCUGCAGGUGACAGCCAUGUCGUUCAUCCACUCUCCUGAAAGACAAUACCGCUCACCCAACCCAACCCCAUAGACACACCUUCGAAGCAGGUUCAACGAAUUAUCACGGUAACUUUGAGAGUAACUUGAUCACAUGAGGAGUUACUUCCUGACUAACCCGUACUACAAAAGGUGAAUAUGUUUCGAUCAAGACUGCCAUGGCAAUUCACUCUAACUCUCAAACCUGGUCCGAGCAGGUUCUGCUAUGUUUAACUCCAGUAUUUUCCACUUAACCACUUCCUUUAUAAGUACCAGCCCAUCACCAACAAUCUUUCUGAAAACAAUGCGAUCAUACCUGGAUACCUGCAUAUGUGCGAUAAGGGCGCACAAAUUGUGGGGGGCUCUUUGCGCAGAGCGAGGGUCUUCAGGGAUCACCAGAAUCUGCUGACCUGCCCAGACGAUUUUCUGCAUGAAAGACAUAGAUUCUGAGCUGAGAGAAUUCACUACCUACGUCAGCUGAUCGAGGCAGAAGUUGGCAAUAUUACACAUAUUCGGCCCUCACAAAGGAACAGAUAAUAUGCCUUGUGCUCAGACAUUUUGCUUGUGGACAAUAUCUCUGUUCCAUCAUUGAUGCUGAACAUCUGAGCAAGAAUACUGUGUGUCAGAUAAUCUGCAAGGCCCUUGAUCUAUGCAAAUUGUUAAAUAA